UGACGUUUGUCGUUUGUAGGACAAGAACAAGAAAAAAACAUAAAAUUGCCUACCGAUUUGUUUUCGAUCGCUAAUAUUCAGAUACCUAUUCGAUACAAAACAAUAAAACCUCUAAAAACUUGAGGUAAAAUGGUUUUCAAUUUUCUUCUAAAAUGUAACCAAGCUAAAUCAAUCGCUGUUGAAACAGUCCGUCAUGCCAGCAAGAAGACCGGAGGCAGUACCUCGAACACCAACUGCAAGACGAAGCCCAAGCACCGCGGCUGGAAGGUGCAGGACGGCCACCACGUCAAGCCGAGCCACAUCCUCGCCACGCAGCUCACCACUAGGUUCCAUCCCGGACUUAAUGUGGGUCUAGGCCGCAAUGGUACUCUCUUUGCGAUUGAAGCCGGCAAAGUUGUAGUGACAUGUGAGAAGUUUGAGCCCAACUGGGAACACUCGUGGGUGCAGCGGAACUACGCAGGAAGACACCAACAAACCAUAUACAAGAAAUACUACAAUGUCAUCCCGGAACCCCAACAUAGUAGAUUUAAGCUUGUUGAUGAAGUUUGAACUGAAUGUAGACUUGUAGAGUUGUAAAUAGUAUAAUAAUAUAGUUUAUUUCACUAGGUGUA